UAAUCAAUUGCAAGAUAAUUAUAUAAUUUGACAUUGAAUUAGCGAUAAGUAAAUUUUAAGUUCGUGCGUACUUGUACUUAAAUUUAAGACGCUAAUCCUAGAGAUAACUUGAGUGCAAGUGUACCGAUAAAUAUUUGCUAUGUAUAAUUUAUUCUGAACUUUGAAGUGUAAUCUAUUUAAUAAUUGAUGAUUAGCUGACUAGAUUUUCUGUUAAUAAUUUAAUUAGUUGAGGAAAUUUUAGUGCGGAAGAAGAUAUUUUAGCUUCGAGGUUUCGAUGUUUAUUUGGUUUUUUUUUUUGUUAUUAUGAUCUGGGGAUUUAGUGGGCGAUAAAUAUCUCGAGGGGAAGGUGCAGGAUGAGGUCAGUGAAAAUUGUGUCCUCGUUUUGCGAUAAUGAUUGUUGGCUUUAGCUUGGUGAUUGACAGAGCUCGCUGAGUUUUAUUCUAUCGAGUGUUGAAUGAGCCGCUUGAUCUAUUUAGCUCCGAGUUAUUUUAUUUGUUAUUUUUAUUGUUAUGGAAGAAGUGGAAGAUUGCCACCGAGAGGAGAUUCAGUUCCAGGAAUUUUUGGCUUUUGGUAAAACAGACAAAUUAUCAAAAAUGACUACGGAACAGAGCAACUAUUCUAAAAAGAGAAAACAUUUAAAAUACGGAAAUUCAACUGAUCUCAAAAUGUCAGAGUUCCAAAAAAUAGAAAAUAUUGAAAAAGAUGACACGAAGAACCACAAAAAUGGAACAAAUAAUUCUCCCAACGAUCACAAAAAAUUGAAGCAUGUUUUGAGAAAAAAAGUUUUCGAAACGCGUAACUCGACACUCACUGAUCUCUUUAAUGAAAUUAAGCAUGUCAAAACAAUUUACAAUUUUUUCGUAGCAUUGUUCUUGAUUGCGUUUUUGAACACAGCUGUUUAUGACAUUCUUCAAAAUGGAUCUCUAAGCCUCGGAUUCUUUACGAUAAAAUUGGGAUUCGGAAAAAUGACAACUGUUAUAAAAAUGUGGUGUUUUAUGGAGGCUUCAUCUUAUAGUGUGUAUUAUUUCUACAAUUUUUAUGCUCAUCAACGAAUUAAAUUAUCACCAAAAUCAUUUCAGUUAAAAAUUUGGGAUUACACGUGGUUCUUGCUAUUUGUUGCAUAUCAACUAACGUUCUUAGUUCUGCCGGCACACAUAACCUUAAAAUCCCAGCUUCCGCCUCCUUCUGCUACCAUCGUUUUAAUGGAACAGGUCCGCAUGAUUAUGAAAAUUCAUGCCUUUGUUCGAAGCACUGUUCCAUCAGUAUUGAAUCGUAAAUUAAAUGACGGAAGUGGAGAUCUUAUUCCAAAAUUCAAUAAAUUUUCGUACUUUAUGUUUGCACCGACUUUGAUUUAUCAAGAUAAUUAUCCAAGAACUGAAAAAAUCAGAUGGCGUGUAGCUACAAAAUAUUUUCUAGAAGCUGUCUUUGCAAUAUUAUUUGUAUCAUUGAUGUUCGAGCGCUACGUUCUUCCAGCUUACAAAGACUUUGGUCGUGAACCAUUUAAUUUGCACACAUUUUCAUCACGGAUAAUAAGCACUACAUUACCAGGAACAAUAAUAUACCUCUGUGGAUUUUACUGUUUGCUCCAUGCUUGGAUGAAUGGAUGCGCUGAGUUGACGCGCUUUGGGGACAGAUUGUUUUACCAGGACUGGUGGACUUCAGUAUCAUACGGCAAAUACUAUCGAACUUGGAACAUCGUGGUGUACGACUGGCUCUACACUUACAUCUACAGAGACUUUUACGAAAAAUUGUUUCCAGGUAACAAGUUAAUAGCGACAUUUUCCGUGUUUUUCACAUCGGCAGUCGUCCAUGAGUACAUACUAGCAUGUGUAUUCCGAUUUUUCUACCCAGUGAUGUUUUUAUUUUUCGGAGUCUUCGGAUUCGUUCUUGUCUUGAUAACAAAAAAAGAGUCGAGCGCAAUCGGCAACAUUUUUCUGUGGUUCUCUCUGAUAACCGGCUCCGGUAUGAUGGUCAGUUUCUACACCAUGGAAUAUUUUGCUCGGCUUAAUUGUCCAGGAUUAAAAGACGAAUUUUUGGAUUCCUUCGUGCCCAGAAGUUGGCUUUGCUAUGACCGAUUUUCCGGCGGAAACGGUGAAAAUCAUCUAGUUUUGUAUAUAAGUACUUUGUCUUUUUUGACUUUAUUUACAUUGUUGUAUAAAAAAUUCGGUUAAUUUUUUUUUGUGUUUAUUUAAUCAUAAUUUAAUUAUUUGUGAUGUGUUUAAGUC